GCACUGGCUACAUGUACAUGUACAAUUACAUACAUGUGUAUGACACCUCGAAUUUCGAGCCACACACUGUCUAGAACAUCCCACCACCGGACCAGCCGCGCUGCCAUGUCUUCCUCAUCCAGGGACUUGAAGAAGCAGCUGCGGUCGCAAAUGAAGGAAAGGCUGGCCGCCCUGAGCGAGCAACAAGUCAUGGCUCAGUCACGGAUAGCUCAAAACCUCAUACUGUCUUCACCACGUUUCCAGUCGGCGAGGAGGAUUGGCAUCUACCUUUCUAUGCCUCAUGGUGAAGCUCAAACUGAUAGUCUGGUUGUGCACGCGCUCUGGAACCAGAAGAGCGUCUUUGUCCCCUACAUUUACGCGGUCGGCGCAGAAAAGCCAAAGCGCAAGGUCAUGGACAUGAUGCGCAUCGAGUCAUUAGAGGAGUACGGGGAGCUCGAACGGGACUCGUGGGGAAUACCGAAGUUGAAGCAAGCGGGCAUAGACGAGAGGGAAAACGCCAUGGGAUGGAAAGGAUUGUCUUUUCGUCCGGACGGGGAGCUAGCACAUGGCGAUGAAGGCAACGACGAUGCAGGCGGUCUCGACGUGAUCAUUGUACCAGCAGUCUCCUUUGACCAACGACUGAAUAGGAUGGGCCAUGGUGCUGGAUUCUAUGAUAGAUUCUUGACGACACACUUUGGUGACGCUUCAAGGGAGCGACCAUAUCUGCGUGAGUGAUGCUUUGAUGCACCUCGGAAGCUUCUGCUGACCAUCUCGCAGUUGGACUAUGCCUAGCAGAGCAGAUUGUCCCAGAAGGAACACUUGUAAUGGAGCCAUGGGACUGGAAAGUGGAUGCUGUCGCCGUGGGAGACGGCACAUUGCUGACGCUUACAGCUUCUUACUUCCACGCAGACAUUCUUUCGACUCGCUUCGUCCGCGUGACCUCGUGGCUCUGAGACUUUGUGUGCGCCCUUCAUCGUCUCCUCCGCAAAGCUUGCGAGAUGCCACCUGCCUGAUCCAUUUCUCAUUGCUGCACUGAAUCCAAUACCCGUCUCGUUUCAGUGCACUUGCGUCUCCGCUUAUGACAAGCUCUGAAUGAGGCACACGUUGUCACCCUUGAGCAAGAUUUGUCCUAGCUCCCUCCUUCCUUCCUUCGAAUCCUCGUUUGUCUCCCCCUUGGCAGAUUGCUGCACCUCCACCGCAUCAUCAAUCACCAAGUUCAUGAAUUCGUCGAAACCUCGAAUCUUGCCCUCGAUGCGGAUACCCAGCUGCUCGUAGAGCCAGAUCUGGACUGUGCUGUGUUGCUGUAGAAGCUUGAAGAUGAAGUUGAUGGGUGGGAGAAGCACUUUGCGCUGGCCGCCGCCUCGACGAUCGCCCAUGUUGAUUGAGUAUGUAGGUGGGACGUGGAAGAACGGUGAUGGCUUUGCGGUGUGUGCGACGCGUGGGAUUUGUGCCUUCAGGCGUGGGCUAUGGCUCUCGUUCGGAUUCCGUUAGCCGUGGAAGUGGUGGUUGUUGGAGGUGCGCGUGUCCAAUGAGA